GACUGGCGUCGCACCCGGUGAGCGUCACGUGACGGACUCAGCUUUCCUCCAAUCGUUGUGCAUGUUGUGGCGAUUCCACCCAGGACCCGGCCCGAGAUUUAAAACACCCGAUUCUCCUGCCAGCCAAACGGGCCGUCCUCCCGCUCCCAGCUGGGCAGUGGGGUCUUUCAAAGGUCCUACUCUGGCGUGGCACCGGGAAGCCCGGGCUUAGAACGCGCUCGGUCCCGGAAGUGACGUCUCCCAGAGGGGCCGGAAGUGGCAGUGGAGGGAGGGAAGAUGGCGGAGGUGGGGGAGAUAAUCGAAGGCUGCCGCCUGCCGGUGCUGCGGCGGAACCAGGACAACGAAGAUGAGUGGCCCCUGGCCGAGAUCCUGAGCGUGAAGGACAUCAGUGGCAGGAAGCUUUUCUACGUUCAUUACAUUGACUUCAACAAACGCCUGGAUGAAUGGGUAACCCACGAACGGCUGGACCUGAAGAAGAUUCAGUUCCCUAAGAAAGAGGCCAAGACCCCCACCAAGAACGGACUUCCUGGGUCCCGCCCUGGCUCUCCAGAGAGAGAGGUGCCGGCCUCCGCGCAGGCCAGCGGGAAGACCUUGCCAAUCCCGGUCCAGAUCACUCUCCGCUUCAACCUGCCUAAGGAGCGGGAGGCCAUUCCCGGUGGUGAGCCCGACCAGCCGCUCUCCUCCAGCUCCUGUCUGCAGCCCAACCACCGCUCAACGAAACGGAAGGUGGAGGUGGUUUCACCAGCAACUCCAGUGCCCAGCGAGACAGCCCCAGCCUCAGUUUUUCCUCAGAAUGGAUCAGCCCGCCGGGCAGUGGCAGCUCAGCCGGGACGGAAGCGAAAAUCAAAUUGCUUGGGCACUGAUGAGGACUCCCAGGACAGCUCAGAUGGAAUACCAUCAGCUCCGCGCAUGACUGGGAGCCUGGUGUCUGACCGGAGCCACGACGACAUCGUCACCCGGAUGAAGAACAUUGAGUGCAUCGAGCUGGGCCGGCACCGCCUCAAGCCGUGGUACUUUUCCCCGUACCCACAGGAGCUCACCACACUGCCAGUCCUCUAUCUCUGCGAGUUCUGCCUCAAGUAUGGCCGUAGCCUCAAGUGUCUGCAGCGUCACUUGACCAAGUGUGACCUGCGCCAUCCUCCAGGCAACGAGAUUUACCGCAAAGGCACCAUCUCCUUCUUUGAGAUUGAUGGACGUAAGAAUAAGAGUUAUUCCCAGAACCUGUGUCUUCUGGCCAAGUGUUUCCUCGACCACAAGACCUUGUACUACGACACAGACCCUUUCCUCUUCUACGUCAUGACGGAGUACGACUGCAAGGGCUUCCACAUUGUGGGCUACUUCUCCAAGGAAAAGGAAUCGACAGAAGACUACAACGUGGCCUGCAUCCUGACCCUGCCUCCCUACCAGCGUCGGGGCUACGGCAAGCUGCUGAUUGAAUUCAGUUAUGAACUCUCCAAAGUGGAAGGGAAAACGGGGACCCCUGAGAAGCCCCUCUCGGACCUUGGCCUCCUGUCCUACCGAAGCUACUGGUCCCAGACCAUCCUGGAGAUUCUGAUGGGACUGAAGUCUGAGAGUGGGGAGAGGCCACAGAUUACCAUCAAUGAGAUCAGUGAGAUCACCAGCAUCAAGAAGGAGGACGUCAUCUCCACGCUCCAGUACCUCAACCUCAUCAACUACUACAAGGUAGGGAGGCGGGCAGGGACAGGUGUGUGGAGGUGCAGCGUGCAAGCCCAUGGGCUGACCUGCCUUGUCCCAUCUCCUGCCCAGGGCCAGUAUAUCCUCACGUUGUCAGAGGACAUCGUGGAUGGGCACGAACGGGCUAUGCUCAAGCGACUCCUCCGCAUCGACUCCAAGUGUCUGCACUUCACUCCCAAGGACUGGAGCAAGAGGGGGAAGUGGUGACCAGGCACCGCCCAUGGCAGCGCCAACAACGCUGGCACAACUGGAGCUGACAGCCCAUCCCACCCCCCGCCCAGGGCCCCCCAGGGGGACACUAAGGGAGACGGACCAGGCUGAGGACAGUUCCACAAGGAGAGGGCAGGCCUGGGAAGGGCUGGUUGGUGCCCAGCACCAAAGUGAGCUCAGGGCUCAGGUCAACUCUAAGGCCAGCUGGCUGCAGGCCCAGGCUUGCUGUGAACCGAGGACCAGAGGGAGCCAGGCAGACGUGUACAGUGAGGUGGGGGUGGGGCACUAUGUACAGAGGGUUGGUGGCUGUAAAAAAAUUUGUAAAGUAGGAGUUGGGGGUGGGUAUUGGCUACAAAAUUCUGGCCUCUCGCCCCAGUGCCUGUCCUGCCCCUGCCCCUCCCCCCCCCUCCCCCCUCGCCCCUGUAAUAAACUGUUUCUAUGGGCCGGA